GGCCGUGUGCUAGAGUCCUAGUCUGCAGAUGCUGAGUCCAGGUCGUGAUCUGCGGACGGCGCCCCGGCCCCCAGCGCACUGGCUGUGUGUCCCAGGUCAGAUGACGCAACCUCUCAGAUCUUCGGUUUCCUCUCCAAACGGGAGUCUGCAGGUCUGUUUUCCAGGGAAACAGAUUGUGUGUGCGGUGUAGCUGAAACUGUGCACCAAGUAUUUCCUGGCCCCUUCCCGCCCCUGGAGAAUCCACGGCUCCAUGGCCUGAGGUGAGCUGCGGCCCACAGUGCAAGACAAAACUGCUUAUUCCACCAUGGGCCCGCUGCCUCGUCCUCUUUCCCGCCGUGACACUCGCGACGGUGCAGCCGAGUGGAGGCAGCCAGCGUGGGUGGCCGAACAGUCCCCAGGAACCGCAGAAGCCGGCGAGGUUCGGUGUUUCUGAUAGCAUGACUUCCCUAUGCAGGGACGUCUUCCGCUCCUGCCGAAUAGACACUCCUGCCAGGUGCUGGUACCGACUUAGGACAAAAUCCUCUCUGAAGGUAGCUGCUAGGGUGCUUGAUUUCAGUUGCAGAGAUGGUAUGAGACAGGGUUAGUACAUGGCCUGAGAUGUCCCAGCUUGUCAGCGCUUAAACCCGACCUGUGCAGUUCCAAGGCCCCUGCUUCCUGUCCGCUCAGUGCCAGGCUGCCCUUCCUCCACUGGGCAGGGUAAGGGCCAGGGGUUCCUCUCCAGCCUGAACCCUGUGCGGGACCCCACUUCAGCAAAGUGUAGUCACAGGUCGUGAGUGGUCUGUGCAGAGAGCCACCUGGGAUCGCAGUACAAUGGUGAUGACGUGUGGCCUCAGAAGUGGUAACAGGACGUUCCAAGGGUUGAUGUGAGGCCCAAGGGGCCUCCUACGCUCAGCCAACCAUAGUUACUGAUGUUAUACUUAAUUUUCCUCUUCCAUGGCGCCGCUAGAAUUCUGGGCAGUUACAAGCAGGUCAUCAGCUGCUUGGUUAGACUCGGAUUCCUGGUUUGGUGCUGGAUGCAGAUGUUGUAACAUCUGCACGCAGAACCCCGACCAGCACCCUGCCCAACAUCUUGUAUUUAGGAAAAAUAUGUUCAGUUCCCGAACUUGUCAGUGUUCGAACACAAAUCUGAAACAAAUUGAGUUUGACAACCAGGAUAUCACUGUUUAUACUUUAUCGAUAUUGUGUGUAUACCACCUCUAAUCAGCACAAAACUGCAAGGUGCAUGUCAGGGUCCCUGCCCACUGGUAAGAAAACUGAGUCUCAAAAAGGUCAAGUUGCCCAUGCAAAAAGAAAUAACCCUUGUCUGGAUUUGAAACCAUGGCUCUGGGUCUAACGCUCUGCUGUAACCUCCCUUCCAAGCUGCCCGACCCCACCGCUCCAGUUAAGUCAUGCUCGGUCUUGGUUUGUGCUGUCACCCCUUGCACUCUUGGGAUGAGGUUUGGAAAGUGACCUGAAACUGCGACAUUCCCACCGUGAGCAGGUUGUCCGGUGGAAAAUGUGUGAAGCAAGCACCUGCUCCUCCCCACCCGGAGGAGGCUGAACGCCCACAUGCCUGUGUCCAGAGGGAGCUGACAAACACUGCCCCCCUGGACACGUGCCGAAGCCUCCCUCGGACCGACAGGACCGUGGAACAGUGGGCCAGGAGCACAGCAAGCUUUGUCACUGGCAGGCCGGGCGGUUCAGAGAGCAAAUGGGCCUCUCCAAGGGACCCCACUGGAAAUGGGACUCCAAGUCCCCAGAGAUGGCGAGGCCUUAGGUAGAAGAGGCGUGGGCCCCUCCACCACCUCCAUGGUACUGCUUUUUGACCAGGACAUUGGACUGACACCUAGGAGAGAAAUAACCUAUGGUGUUAAGUCCAUGAAUGUCGAGGGUUUAUACAGCUAGUGCUGCCCUAACUAAUACAUACUGUUCAUGCUAGGUGUGUGACACGUAAAAUACAAGGCAGCACUCAACCGUAUAGCACACACCCAUAAUCCCAGCCCUCAGGAAGCUGAGGCAGGAGGCUCACCCCAAGUUUGAGGCCAGCCUGAGCUAUGUAAUGAGUACAAGGCCAGCCUGGUCAAACAGGAGUAUUCAACAGUGUUAGUGGAACAGGAAGAAAUAGAUUUACUGGUUCGGCCAUGUUAUUUACUACAUGCCUGGCAUAGGGGCUGAGGAUGGGCUGAGAUGGUACCAGCAAGGCCUCAUCUUCUGGAGUUACUGACAGUGAGUUGUAAGCACAGUUUGUGGCCCCUAAGCUUGGGAGAACCUAAGCUAUUGCAUACGCAAUCAAUAAAAACUAAAGUUUCCUCCAAAAUCAGUGCCAACAACUGUGCUUCCCCAACUAGGUGGCCAGAGGACAGUGACCUGGAACACAGACUCUGUCAUGAAAACCAGCUGGUCUCAAAUCCUGGCUCCACACCUUUCCAGCGGUGUGUGAUCUGGGGCCACUUUCUCUUGGUUUCUCAGUUUUCUCAUCUUUAAAAUGGGGACAUUGAAAAUCCCACUGCAAGAAGCUGUUGUUGAGGACCACUACACGUUGGAUCUUCAGGGGCCCCAAAGAUUCAGACCCUGGUGCAAUGCUAUGGGGACACAGUGGGGCCUUUGAGAGCUGGGGCCUAGGGGGCAUCUGCUGGUCACUGGGUCAUUUAAGGAGAUCGUGGCCCCAGCUGUACACCUCCCCACACCCCACUAUGAUGCACCCCUUCACCACAGCCCAAAAGCAGUGGGGCAAUAUGCCAUACACUGAAAUGUCCAAAGCUGUGAGCCACGUCAACUUCUCCUUACCAGCUGGUCGUCCCAUUAGUGACAAAAGGCGGACAGAGUUGAACCACAAAACCGCAGAGAACAGCAAGAGCUGUGUGGUGGCCCCGGCUGCUGCUGGCUCUCAUAGCCUCCACUGCCUUCCACGGUGAGUCUUUGCUCACCAAAGGAGAUACACAAGGUCUCUUUGUGGGGGUUGAUGAGACAGCAGGACACAAAAGUACAGGAGGAGCACCCCUAAUGCAGAAACCCGAAAUCCAAAGAAUCCAAAAUCCGAAACUGUGAGAGCAUCCGGUGGGAAACCCCGCACUGGCAACCUUACGCGGGCACAGAAUCCUUUGAAACAGUAUCUGCCAUGACCCCAGGCUGCAGCUGAAGGCAGAUCUGAAACAGAAGUGAAUUCCGCAGUGCAACGCAGGUCCCCUCCCCAGGACAGCUCGUUAUGUGUAAAUGCAAAUAUUCCCAAACCGGAAACAUCAGAAAUCUGCAGCCCUCUGGGCCCAAGCUUUGCGGAUGAGGGAUGCUUGGUGUGUGUGUGUGAAAUCAGUGGGUCCUACAGGGUUCCGGUGAAAUCACCCAGGACCUCCGCCCCCAGUGACGGCGAAGUCGGAGGAAACAGCGUCAUCUUGGUACCCACCACGGCAUAGCAAGAACCUGCGGGCAGGAGACAGCCUCCAUCUCCAAGGGCCCUGUGACAUGGACACCCUUGGUUCCUUUGGGGGUGGGAACAAACAGCGGAAGAUUCUGUUGUUGAAAAAAGGAACCGAAAUGUGAUCAAUUCCCACAACCCAGGGUCCAGAGGAGAAAACACCCUGAGAAGAGGGACACCCAGAGCCGGAGAGGACGCAUGGAGCGUGCAGGAUUUGUGGUCACCCAAAGAGCCUUGGGCUCCACUGAGGCCAUGUGGAGGGCCCUGGGUGGCUCCCGUAUAAAGGUCUCCUCCCUGUAUUUACUCCCGGGCUGGGCAGUGCAUUCAGUGAUGCCAACGAGGGGCUUCCCAUGGCCCAGCGUGAUUGCAGUUUGGGGAAAAAGAGGGACACGAGUCCCUGGCUUCGCUAGGUUACAGAGAGCGAGCCACGUGCGCAUAACGCAGUGCUCGUUAGGCAGCAGGAAUGGUACGGCCGGUGAACGGGGUGGUGCAUGCCCAAGGCAACCAGGGAGGCGUCCUGUGGGAGGGGUGUGGGGCAGGAACAGUGAGGAAGCCCCUGGCUAGGAGCAGCCGCUAUAAGAACAAUGCUUUAGUCUGUCUCUGCAGCACCAGCUUCCUCCAGAGACCACCUCGGCUCACCCUAAACACACAUCUGACCCUGUGUCCCCUCCUCCAGGACUCUGUGGGUCUCCUGUGGCCCUCGGGACAAAGCUCAAAGUCCUUCUUAGCAUGGCAUCCAGGGCGGCAUGCAGGGAAUCCGUCAGGAUCCUGGUCUCCCAUCCAUCUGUCACCAGCCUCUCUGACCCUGCUUUGUUCUCUCUUCUCCUUGGCCUGGGUCUGGUCAGCUGUGUGCCAGCUCCAUGACAGCGAGGAUUAUCUGUCUUGUCCCGGGCCGUACAGUUCCAGAGCCACACCCAGAGCAAUGCCUGGCACACAGGAGUCACUCUUCAAAAAUGCGCGGAGGCAAGCCACGGGCCCGGGUGGGAGCAGGCACUGCACACGGGCCCCGGCACACAAGAACCCAGCAGGGCUCCUUUCUCUCCCCCUGCCUGGCCCGACCCCAGCAGGACUCUCCUGGGUCCCAUCCAUGCCACCUCCUCCCCCUGGCACCCUGUGGUCAGGGACACUUCCCCCUGCCUCAUGCCACCUGGCCUGGCAUGUGCCGGGCCCAGGGCCCGGGACACCUCCUUUCCUGUUCACUCAAGGACGAACUCUGCUCAUCUCGGAGACCUGGCAGAAGAUGUCACCUCACCUCUGGUCCUGCACGGUACAGAACUGGAGGCUCAGUUCUCUGUCCCCAGAGCACUCAGUGCCUGGGUCUCUUACAGCACUUACCUCACGGUGCGACAGUGACUGUGCUGUGUCCAGUUCCCGUCACCCAGGAGCUCCGGAGCGGCCAGGUCUAGAACAACGCUGUCCAAUAGAAGCAUUAUGUGAGCCACAAACACAAUUUUAACUUUCCUGCCAGCUGCACUAAAAAGAAGUAAAAAGAAAUAAGAGAAAUUAAUUUUAAUAAUAUAUUUCAUUACCAAAUAUGUCAAAGCAGUGUCAAUUCAACACGCAAUCAAACAAUAUCUCAGGGAUGAGGUGACUUACAUUCUUUUUGUGGGCUAAAUCUUCCAAAUCCGUUGUCCAUUUUGCACUAAUAUCAAUUUGGAGCUAAAUUUUAAAGGGCUACACUGAAAUGUAACCCUACCAAAACAAUAAAGUUGUA